AUGGAUCAAUAUGCCGAUCAAUCGAAGCAAGCGUCUCUGAACCACGAUCCAGAGGCACUUUUAAGUGUCAUUAAUAGCGUUCUUGGGACCCCAAAUAUAAACGAUACCAAUGCAGGAACCUGGGCCCAAGAAAGUUUGGGUAUGCUUAAUCCAAACGCGGAUGAUGGUUCUCUUACACAAGUUCCCUGGUUCAAUAACAGAGACUUUCCUCUCAAUCCAACACCGAAUGUAAACUCAGAGCAAGUCGAUGGACAACCAGCAUGGACAGGUUUGCCACCGGAGCUGAAUGUCGAAAUUGAUAACGGUCUUCAACCAAAAGGGACGCAUAUUUUUACUUUAGAUACCAGUAUGAAUGUGACGGAUAAGAGGACGGCAGACAACCAACCCAUCGUGCAACCGUUUUAUGUUUCACAUCCCGAUAUGUACGAUAAAGACAAAGUGGACCGGGUGAUUAUUACAUUGCCAGGAAAGCCUCGAGACUCUUGGAAGUACAUCAACAUCCACUAUAAUGUUUUGAUGUGGUAUUGUAAUCAAAACAAAGUUCGUUGGAAUCAAACCGUACUUGCAUCACCGGCGUUCUUGAACCAAGAUGAUGUCCAGGCUGGUGGCGCUCAAAGUAAUUGGCUUGCAUACAAAAAAUCAGGCUGGGCUUUGGGUGGCACCUCGCAUCAUCCUACAAUGCAACAUGGUGUUUCUUCGUUCCGGGUUCUUGAUCUGAUGACAGAGCACUUUAUUGAUAUGUUCCCGAGUCUCAAGAACAUUGUAUUUACAGGUCACUCUAUGGGAGCCCAAACUGUGAUUCGAUAUGCUGUCGCAAAAAAUAAGAAAUGGUAUGAUUCACACGUAAGUUACUGGGUUGGAAAUCCUGGUUCUUAUGCAUGGGUUGUGAAGGACCGACCGAUUCAUGAUCCUACGAACCUAAAUGGUGAAUCGUGUGAAGACACAAUUAGUAAUUGGCCAUACGGCUUGGAUGGCAAGCUUCCGGCUUAUAUGCAUGAGAAAGAUAAAAAUAAUACCGCCGGCGUAGUGGAUCGUUUUCGCUCAAGACGAGUGCGCCUUGCCCUUGGUUUGCUCGACAAUGGUGCGGGAAGCACACAAUGCCCUGCCCAGUACCAAGGUUACAACCAUCUCGAAAGAGGGUCACUAUUUUCUAAAGCGCUGAUUCAAAUGCCAGAUGGCUAUCCCCAGAAUCACUCUCUUACCUACAUUUCUGGUGUUUCGCAUCAAGACUACGAAAUGAUCGCUGCUGAUCAGUCUGGUGAUUUUAUUUUCGCUGAUCCGUUUGAUGGACGGCUUGUAAGUUCGUCACGUCCCGUUCAUCACCGUCGGCCACCUCACCAUGGACCUCGUACUAGCUCUAAGCGUGAUUGGGAUGGCUCGACGUACCGUAUCAUUGCGUGGAUCAUUCUUGCAGCUUUCUUUGUUGCAAUCGUUGCUGGCCUUACUUGUUUCAAUAUGUUAUUCAAAGCCAACGCCAACGACUGGGAUCGUGACUAUUGGGAGUAUGACAGCAAACGUCGGCUAUUGUAG